AUGCGACUGCCGCAGAAUACUGACGACAUAAGCGCCCCUGCUGGUGGAAGUCAGUUUGAGCCGGCACCGAAUGCAUUUGACCGGGACAACUUUGAUAACGACGAUGAGGACUUUCAAGCUGAUGAGCCUCUGGGUGAGACGGGGACGAAGGGUGGCGUGCAGAGGCUGCAUCCUAGCGAUCCCUACCUACAGCAAGUGCGACCCAAUUACCCUGUGCACUACAGCCACAGUGACAAGGAAGUGCGCUCGGGCGACACAUUACGUCUCGUCAAGGCUAAUGACAAGGUAGGUCGUUCGUUGAUGAACGUUCAACCAAGCGCUGACGGAACUCAUCUGUCCCGCUCUACCCAGAGGCUCGACAGAGGCCCUGACAGCCGCAGUAGCUGGUAG